ACACGUGGGCUUCUCCUACAUGUUAGAAGUGGACCUCCAUCCCCGCAUUUCGCUCUAUAUAUACUCCGCCCCCACCCCUUCUCUCUCAUCAAUCACUCAACACACAAUCAAAAUUCUCCUCAUCACUCUCACUCCUCUUCUCUCUCCCUAAAACACACCUACUCAUCCCAAAAUAGGUAGCCAUGGCCACUUCGUCGUUAGCUAACCCCAACAUAUAUUCAGCAUCGAGAGGUGAUCGUACAAACUCAUUCUCAUUCCACACCAUAAAAUGCUCUCUCCAAACCCCGGCACUCCAAUUCCCUAAACAAUCAACCGUCGCCGCCCCACAAACAAAAUCAACUCCGCCGUCAUCCAAGCCCCAAUGGAACAUCAUCCAGAAAGCCGCUGCAAUGGCCCUCGAGGCCGUUGAGGGCGCACUCACCGCCCACGAGCUCCAGCACCCUCUCCCCAAAACCGCCGAUCCCAGAGUCCAGAUCGCCGGCAACUUCUCCCCGGUGCCGGAGCAGCCCGUCAAGCACAACCUCCCCGUUGUCGGGAAAAUCCCCGACGCCAUCAGCGGCGUCUACGUCAGGAACGGCGCCAAUCCGCUCUUCGAGCCGGUGGCCGGGCACCACUUCUUCGACGGCGACGGCAUGAUCCACUCCGUCCAGUUCAAGAAGGGCACCGCCAGCUACGCCUGCCGCUUCACGGAGACGCAGCGCCUCAUCCAGGAACGCUCCAUCGGCCGCCCCAUUUUCCCCAAGGCCAUCGGCGAGCUCCACGGCCACUCCGGCAUAGCCAGGCUGCUCCUCUUCUACGCCCGCGGCCUCUUCAAUCUGGUCGACCACGCCCACGGCACCGGCGUCGCCAACGCCGGAUUAGUUUACUUCAAUAACCGCUUACUCGCCAUGUCCGAAGACGACUUGCCCUAUCACGUGAGGGUCACUCCCGCCGGCGACCUCAAAACCGUGGGGCGCUACAGCUUCGACGGGCAGCUGGACGCCACCAUGAUCGCCCACCCGAAGCUCGACCCCGCCACCGGCGAGAUGUUCGCCCUCAGCUACGACGUCAUCCAGAAGCCCUACCUAAAGUACUUCCACUUCCAACAAAAUGGGGAGAAAUCCGAGGACGUGGAAAUCCCGCUGGCGGAGCCGACAAUGAUGCACGACUUCGCCAUCACCGAGAAGUUCGUCAUCAUCCCGGACCAGCAGGUGGUGUUCAAGAUGUCCGAGAUGAUCCGCGGCGGCUCUCCCGUGGUCUACGAUCGCAGCAAGACCUCGAGGUUCGGCGUGCUGGACAAGUACGCCAAAGACGCCAGCGCCAUGAAAUGGGUGGAUGUCCCCGACUGCUUCUGCUUCCAUCUCUGGAAUGCAUGGGAGGAGCCUGAGACGGAUGAGGUGGUUGUCAUCGGCUCCUGCAUGACCCCGCCGGAUUCCAUCUUCAAUGAAUGCGACCAAGGAUUGAAGAGCGUUUUAUCCGAAAUCCGCCUCAAUCUGCGGACCGGCAAGUCCACCCGCCGCCCCAUCAUGUCCGAGGCCGAUCAGGUCAACCUCGAGGCCGGCAUGGUCAACCGGAACAAGCUGGGGAGGAAAACUCGCUACGCCUAUCUCGCCAUCGCAGAGCCGUGGCCUAAAGUCUCCGGUUUCGCUAAGGUCGACUUAUUCACCGGCCAAGUGGAGAAAUUCUUUUACGGGGACGAAAAAUACGGCGGGGAGCCGCUCUUCCUCCCCAGAGACGCCGCCUCUGAGGAGGAGGACGACGGCUACAUCCUCGCCUUCGUGCAUGACGAAAAGAACUGGAAAUCCGAGUUGCAGAUCGUGAAUGCCAUGACCAUGAAGCUGGAGGCCACCGUGAAACUUCCAUCACGAGUUCCUUACGGCUUUCAUGGUACAUUCAUCACGGCCAAAGACUUGGCCGAGCAGCUCUGAUGUGAUUGUUUUCAUAAAUUACAGUGGAGAAUUGCCUGUGGGAUGGCUCAGAUGUGUCCCCGGAAUCUUCCUGCUGUCUUCAAGAAGAGCCCUCCAUUGUUGAUGUGGAAGAGGCUUAAAUUUGGAUUGUUUUUUCUUUUUUUGUUAAUAUUUAAUGUGGGAGGUUUUAGGAGAAGCAGCUUGUAGCUUUGGGAUUUAGGUAGAAUUGAAGCUCAGCUGUUUUCUGCUUAUUCUUUCACGAAUUGUGUGCAAAUCUCAGAUCACUUUUAUCGUUAAUGAUAAGUACACAGUUUUACAGAAA